UCCGGCCCCGCCGCGCCUGGCGCCUGAGGGACCUCGCUGCGGGCAGCGCGCCGGCGGGCGGCGGGGGUUUGCCCGGCACCUGCCCGCCGCCCCAGGCCGAGGCCUCCGCGGGGCCGAGGGCUUCGGUGGAAGAAGAGUGCGAUCGCAGCGUGGAAAAUAAAAGUUUGAGCGCUCGCUGCCAGCGGCCAGCUUGACGAAACACGGGCAGCAAAUGCGUUUCUUCUAACAUCUGGGCUUUCAUUAAAAACAGCGUUGCAGAAAAAGUAUGGGCUGCCCGAGCAGGGUCGCGGGGAAGUCAUUUUGUGGGACACCCGGCUGCGAGGGAAAUAUGACAUCAUAGAACAGGCUGGAGUGGCAAACGCUGCUGUCGUCACAGGUCGCUCCUUGCAGGCAAAGCAAGAGCCUUGGCUGUUGAUUUCCCCCAGCUCCCCCAUUCAGGCUUGCAGGGAUCUGGAGGCCCAACUCACAGACUGAAAUUUUUAGGACCAGUGUGCCGAGACCAAAGUCCCAGCAGGUAGGAGACGGGGAAGCUCAGCGUUGGGCAUUUCCGAGAUUCGGGCAGCCGGGCCACAAUGGAUUACUGGAAAUGCUACGUCAACAGCAUCCUGGCGGACAGGAACGUUGAAGAUGUGGCUGUCGUGGGACUCUCUGACAAUAAGUGCGUGUGGGCGGCCAAGCCAGGAGGGCUCCUCGCAGCCAUCUCGCCUCAAGAAGUGGGCUUGAUCACAGGCCAGGAUCGGAAAACGUUCCUGCUAACAGGAAUCACCAUAGCUGGCAAAAAGUGCAGUGUGAUUCGUGACAGCCUGCUGGUGGAUGAAGACAACAUGAUGGAUGUCAGAAGCAAAGGCAGUGACAGCAGAUCCAUUUGUAUUGGCAAGACCCCCAAAGCCCUGAUCUUCCUCGUGGGCAAGAAGGGAGUCCACGGAGGAGCCCUCAACCAAAAGGUCCACGAUAUGAUUGUGGGCAUGAAAGCAUGAAGCAAAUAGUGCCAGACAUCUUGUGCCUGAGCACGGGGGCACAGUCGUUGCUGUAGCAGAGAAGGGAAAUAAACCUGAUUUUGUUGCA